AUGGAAGAAGCUUUAACGCAACUCAAUGGGUUCACUCACUUGUCGGAAUCGAACCCAAAAGAACGGCAGCAGAAGAAAUGCAACAACAAAAGAUGUAUGAAGGAGACUACUGGAGUGUCCUCCGCCGGCAACGGCGGUGGGAACAUGAAGUACCGGGGAGUCCGGAGGCGGCCUUGGGGUCGAUAUGCAGCUGAGAUAAGGGACCCACAGUCCAAGGAGAGAAGAUGGUUGGGCACCUUUGACACCGCCGAGGAAGCUGCCUGUGCAUACGACUGCGCUGCUCGUGCCAUGCGUGGCCUCAAGGCUCGCACCAACUUCGUUUACCCUCCUACCACUCCACCACCUCCUCCUCAUCACCACCAUCUCUUCUCAUCUUCUCUAGAUUUCCCCAAGCCAGCUCCACCGUCCAUUGUGGACUUUAAUCUGCACCGUUACGUGGCAUGCUCUGAUAUGCCACUUCUGCAGUCACCUUCUCUGGAGAAUGUGAGUUUCCUUCGUGACCUCCUCUGUUCUUCUCCUUCAUUCUCUUCGGUCGUACAUGAAGCUAAGCCAGUCUAUAGUCCUAUGGAUUUGAAGGGCUCUUCUCUGAAUCAAUCCCACGUCGAAUAUCAACAAACUUAUUGCCCUACGCCUACCUCUGAGGUUAUAGAUUUCUUUCCUUCAGAGCCCCCCGCUCAUUCUGGUCUGCUGGAGGAGGUCGUUAAUGGGUUCAUUCCCAAAUCAAGUUCCUCAUCUUCUUCUUCGAUGAGCAGCUCUGAUUACAUUAAUAACCCAUCUCUCCAGAACCAUUACUUUGUGGACGCAGGAACGAUGAUGAAGAAUAUGGAGAAACAGAAUGAGAAGGACCAUUUCAGUCUCUACUCAGAUUGCCAUGCACAAACAGUACUAGAGCCUCCAGCUGAUUCUGGUUUGCAAUCACAGAACGUGUCGUCUUCGUCUUACUACUCAUCUUACAAUGACCAAGUAUCUAUCGGCUACCCGGUCAUGUCCGAGGGAAUGCUGCAAGAAUUAAUGAAGAACCCAGAGCUUCUUGAUAUCUUUGCAACAAGAUUGCAACACGCUUCAGGUCUACCUCUGAUGAAACAGUAG